GUAUUACCCCUGCCUGCUGCCGGUUGUUUCAGAGCCCUGUGAGAAUGCUGUGCUACACAGGUUUAACUGGAGUGAGCUGAUCCCUGUGCGGCUGUGGGGCAGGAGCCUGGGCCUGCAGACAGCAAACUCCCAGUUCCUGCUGGAAGGAAUGCCCUUCCGCAUCUUUGGAGGGUCAAUGCACUACUUCCGAGUGCCCAGGGAGUACUGGGAGGAUCGAAUGCUAAAAAUGAAAGCCUGUGGCUUAAACACCCUCACCACGUAUGUGCCAUGGAACCUUCACGAGCGAGAGAGAGGGAAGUUUGACUUCAGUCAAAACCUGGAUCUAGAGGCCUUCCUUUCCCUGGCAGCUAAAAAUGGACUGUGGGUGAUCCUGCGCCCUGGGCCUUACAUCUGCUCAGAAUGGGACCUUGGUGGUCUGCCCAGCUGGUUACUGCAAGACCCAGAGAUGCAGCUGAGGACGACAUACAAGGGCUUCACAGAAGCUGUGGAUGCCUAUUUUGAUCACCUAAUGCCUGUUGUUGUCCCUCUCCAGUACAAGAGAGGAGGUCCCAUCAUUGCAGUGCAAGUGGAGAAUGAAUAUGGUUCCUAUGCCAAAGACCCAAACUACAUGACCUAUGUCAAAAUGGCCCUGUUGAACAGAGGGAUCGUGGAACUGCUGAUGACCUCAGACAACAAGAAUGGGCUGUCCUUUGGCUUAGUGGAAGGAGCCCUGGCUACUGUUAACUUCCAGAAGCUGGAACCUGGGCUGCUGAAAUACCUGGACACAGUACAGAGAGAUCAGCCCAAGAUGGUGAUGGAGUACUGGACUGGGUGGUUUGAUAACUGGGGAGGACCUCACUAUGUCUUUGAUGCAGAUGAAAUGGUGAAUACUGUGGCCAGUGUCCUCAAAACAGGAGCAUCCAUCAACCUCUACAUGUUCCACGGAGGCACCAACUUUGGCUUCAUGAAUGGAGCUCUGGAAGCUGAUGAGUACAAGUCAGAUGUCACCAGUUAUGAUUAUGAUGCUGUGCUGACAGAGGCUGGAGACUACACAUCCAAGUUCUUCAAGCUCCGACAGCUCUUCAGCAUGAUCAUUGGUCAACCUCUCCCUCUGCCUCCCAUGAUUGAAAGCAAAGCAUCGUAUGGAGCAAUCCUGUUACACCAAUACAUCUCCCUCUGGGAUGUGUUACCAUCUCUUCUACAGCCCAUUAAGUCAGAAGUUCCUGUCAACAUGGAGAAUCUGCAUCUAAAUGACAGCACUGGGCAGUCCUAUGGCUAUGUGCUCUAUGAGACUGUCAUAUUUGGGGGUGGACACCUGCACACGAGGGACCACGUCCGUGACCGAGCACAGGUGUUUGUGAACACAGUGUAUGUGGGGGAGCUGGACUACAACACAGUGGAGCUCUCCAUUCCUGAGGGACAGGGAUUCAGGCAGCUGAGGCUCCUGGUGGAGAACCGUGGUCGUGUCAACUAUGGCCUGGCACUGAAUGACCAGAGGAAAGGCUUAAUUGGUGACGUCUUCUUGAAUAAAACCCCCUUGAGGAACUUCAAGAUUUACAGUUUGGAGAUGAAACCUUCCUUCAUGAAAAGCUUGCAGCACACUGCUGGCUGGAGUGGAGUCCCAGAUUACUUUGUUGGUCCAGCUUUUUUCCGUGGGAGGCUGUGGAUAGAGCACCAGCCACAGGACACUUUCCUGAAGCUACAGGGCUGGGAAAAGGGAGUGGUGUUUGUCAAUGGGCAGAACCUGGGCCGUUACUGGAAGAUUGGACCUCAGGAAACACUCUACCUGCCUGGGCCCUGGCUAAGGAAAGGGGGCAACGAGAUUGUCAUCUUCGAGGAGCGCAGCGCGGGGCGGAUAAUCCAGUCUGUGGACAUACCUUACUUAGGAAGGACCCAGUACGUGGACUGAUGAGAGCUCCUCUCCCAUGUUUGGUUCAUCUCCUGGUUGCAUGUCUGGGGACAUGAUGGCUCAGCACUUGGGCAUGCUAAUCUCCACUAGACCCAGGUAAAGGAUUUGCCCUUUGGCAGUAAGUUCAGAGGAGAGAAUGGGCCCCAAAGGAACAGGGUCCGUUGUUUCAUGGAUGGAUGCAGCAGCUCAUCUCCCUGGACUUCUGAGGACCCACAGCCUGGAUGGCUGAGCAUGUUAUGGACCAUCUGGUGGAUGUGGGGGAGUAAAAAGGUGCUGGAGGCAACA